AUGAAUUUAAGAACAAAAGUUAAUAUUUAUAAUUUCAGAUUUCUUUAUGUUAUGCUUUGUGGUAUUUGUGUAUUUAUUGGAAUUGUAAUCAAGCCUUUCACUCUUCUUCUUUUAUUAAUGCAAGCUAUUCCAAUAGUCAUAUACAAAGUCUGUACUAAAUUAAAUAUUUCUAUUCCUAUAAACCUUCCUCAAGAAUUCCCUCCUUCUUUCAUAGCUAUUUGUAUCGGGUAUAUUUCUGCUUCCAUUACUGCUUAUUUCAAUGAUUGUUUCUUACCAUUCCUUCUUCCUUUAGUAAUUGCUGUUAUAAUUAUUCGUGCACAUUCUUGUUUCGCAAUUACUGAUGCUGAACCUGAACAUCCAUCAAAUUGUUGUAGUUGUCAACAACAUGACCACAACCAUACCACAUCAGAAAGUGAAUGUAAUUGUUGUGAAGGUCAUAAAGAAAUUCCUACAUCAAUACCAGAAGAUAAGAAAGAAGAUUAA